AAACAUCAUACCUUUCUUUUAAAAAGGAAAAAUAAAAGGGUAGCCUCAGUCUUCAAAAAAUGAUUUAUCCCUGAUCUUCUUCAUGCUCUAAGAGGGAACUAAAUAAUUACAAAUUCACCAGCUCAUGUUUUAUCCUGAAGCUUAAUAAUCAGGGUCAGGCCUGGUUAGUUUGGGAGGGAAAAACUAUUUGGGAAUAUCAGUUAGUGCAGGCAUUUUAAUAAGCUUUUGGAACAAGAGAGAACAACAGCCAGAAUGUGGGCUGUUCUAGUUGCUAAUCUGUUAUUCUUUGAAUGUUGAUAUUUUCUGUAGGCAUUAAAUGUGGUGGACUUCUGUCAGCACCAUACGGCAAUAUUUCAAGCCCAAAUUUCCCAGGACUUUAUCCAUAUGAUACAGAUUGUACAUGGCUCAUAGUGGUAACAGAAGGAUCCUCUGUACUGCUCACUUUUCAACAUUUUGACCUGGAAUAUCAUGAUAAUUGCGAAUUUGAUUACAUCAAGAUCUUUAAUGGGAUUUCUGAAGACCAAGGAAAUCUGCUUGGUAAAUUUUGUGGCACAAGUUUUCCUCCACCAUUUACCUCAUCCUGGAAUAUCAUGACACUAAUAUUUCACUCAGAUAACCAUGUGGCCAGUCAAGGAUUCUCAGCAGUUUACCAAAAAGAUGUUUGUGGGGGUGUGCUCACAGGAUUGUCUGGAUCAAUCACAAGCCCUGAUUACCCAGAGAAUUAUCCCAAUAAUGCUGAGUGCCACUGGGUCAUCCAGGGAACGUCCAAUUCUGUCAUCAAACUGAUUUUUGUUGACUUCCAGAUGGAACACAGCGAGCAGUGUAAUUUUGAUUAUGUGGCCAUCUUUGAUGGGCCCACAAUGGAAGAUACUCUUCUCAGUUACUACUGUGGAAACACAAAACCUCCAGAGGCAGUAUCUUCUGCACAUGAACUUUUGAUUGUAUUCAAAUCAGAUUUUAACAUUGCUAACAAAGGCUUCAAGGCAUAUUUCUUUUCAGGUGCAUGUCAGGAAGUGUAUACCACUGUCAAAGGAAAUUUCUCCAGUCCUCAAUAUCCACACUCUUACCCCAAUAAUAUCAAGUGUCGAUGGACCAUCCAGCUGCCGCUAGGUUAUCGAAUCAAAGUUUUUUUUCUGGACCUGGAUCUCGAGGGACGGAACAGCCUGACAGAUGGUUGUGAUUAUGACCAUUUGGCUGUGUUUGAUGGAAGUACUGAGAAGGCAUCUCUGCUAGGAAAGUGGUGUGGGAGAGAAAUGCUAUCUCCAAUUAUAUCCAGUAGAAACAACUUGCUGUUGGUCCUUCACACUGAUAGGAAUACAGCCAACCGAGGUUUCUCGAUAGCAUAUUUUGGAGUUGUCCCUAUGAAUGUCAGCUGCACAAGAACAGAGUUUCAGAUCCAAAUCCCCACACAGUCUUUGGCCCAGCUGGAGCGAAAUAAAAUCUACUUAGGAGUCCCCUCCUGCCCUGCGCAAGUGGUCGGCUUGACCUUUCGGAUACAUGCAAGAUUUGAAACCUGUGGCAUGGAACCGCAAAAAAGAAACAACACAUCUAUGAUUGUCAGCAUUCUGUACAUUGACUUUUCCGACGGAAACCAGCAGGAUAUUCACCAAUACGAAGUGCAAUGUGAGCCUAAAAGGAAAGAGGCCCUUGUGAAUCUGAUCUCUGGCUCUAAUCCCUACAGGCUGAACCAGUAUGCUGAGAAUCUGGUAGAGUCCCAGCCAAAGGAUGUAGGAGUAGCAGAUGUCUAUGAGAGCAAAGCUCAAGAUACCAGUGACUUUGUCUUCAUCAGCAUCUGUGUCCUUGCUGGGGUUCUAAUGGUGAUUGCUAUUGUUGGGUUAGUCUUAUUAUAGGCAUCUGCCUCUUUGCUUAUGCUCCUGUACUGUUAGAGCGCUUUCUUUGAUUAAUUGGGUUUACAGUGCAUUCAGAAAGUAUUCACUUUUGUCGAUUUUGUUAUGCUGCAGCCUAAUUCUACAGUUGUUGAAAUUCAUUUUUUCUCUCAUUAAUCUACACUCAGUACCCCAUAAUGACAAAAUGAAAACAGAAUUUUAGAGAUGUCCAUAAAUUUACGCACUAUACAGCUAUCCACCUUACAAUUGCAAUUCUAAGCAGUGCCGAAAGGAUUAACACCAAAUAGCAAUAGCACUUAGACUUAUAUACUGUUCCACAGUGGCUUUAUAGCACUCUCUGAGUGGUUUACAACAUUAUCAUAUUGCCCCCAACAAUCUGAGAUCUGACUUUACCGACCUCAGAAGGAUGGAAGGCUGAGUGAACCUUGAGCCCAUGAGGAUCUAACUCCUGGCAAUGGGCAAAGUUAGCCUACAAUAUUGCAUUCUAAUAGGGGUGAAAUUCACUUACCUUUUCUACCAGUUUGUCAAUGUGCACACACAUGCACAGAGUCUUAAAAUGUUGCAAAAAAGUGAUGUCCGCACGAAUAGGUGGAGCGUCCUGCAGCCGCUGCUACCGGUUCACCCAAGGCAGAUCGAACCAGCUGAAUUUCACCCCUGGAUUCUAACUACUGUGCCACCAUGGCUAAAUAAAAACAAAAACAUUACAAACCACAAUUAUUAAUGAAAUGAUGGCAGGCAAAUCAACUCCACUGAUGGCAAGCAAAUUAGCACAAAAUCACGCCUAACUUCCAGACUUUAUGCUCAAUGAACAACCAGAUCUUUAAAGAGUUAUCACAUGCUAGCAGGGUCAGGGCCCCACAAAUGGGUAUGGUGUUCCAGGUGAAUGGAACUGCAAUAAAGAAGGAAAACUUCCUCAGUUCUACCUGAUGGUACCGUUUAAUGGGUGGGACCUGGAACCCUGUUAGAUCCAAUGGAACAGAUAGAAAGAAUUGGAGAGAGGUGUCCUGCAAAUAACCUGGUUCUAUGCCAUGAAGAGCUUUAUUAGUCAUAAUCAGCACCUUGAAUUGGGUUUGGAACCCUACUGAGAAUCAGAGCAGCUUGCAAAUGAACGGUGUAACUUGGGCAAGCACGGAUGUUCCCAUAACUCCCUGUGCAGUUUUGAAUUAUAAAAGGCACCCAUGACAGCUCUGCUCCCACGGACUUUAAUUCUGAUUAUUAUUAAAAAAAAUGUGCUCAAAAUUUUACUAUUCGAAAGUCUUCAUAUCAGCAAUAUGUUACAGAGGUAGUCCUUGACUUGCAAUUAUUUAUUUAGAGCAGGAGUCUCCAAACUCAGCAACCUUAAGACUUGUGGACUUCAACUGCCUCAGCUUUGCUGGCUGAGGAAUUCUUGGAGUUGAAGUCACAAGUCUUAAAGUUGCCAAGUUUGGAGACCCCUAUUUAGAGACUGUUUAAAGUUAUGAUAGUGCUGAAAAAAAGUGAUUUAUGACCAGUCCUCACACUUAUUGACUACUGCAGCAUCCCCAUGGUCACAUGAUUACAAUUUGGGUUCUGGGCAACUAGUAUGUAUUUAUUAUAAUGUUCCAGGGACAUACGAUCACUAUUUGAGGCCUUCCCCAUCAGCUUGCAACAUGCAAAGUCAAUGGGGAAAACCAGAUUCACUCAGCAACCCUGUGAUUUCCUUAAUGAUCAUGGCAAAAAAGGUUUUAAAAUCCAUCUCAGUCACAUGAUGACUUACUUAAGAUACACAUCACCUAGCAAAUGCAGUUCUAGUCCCAAUUGUGGUUGUAAGUCAAAGACUUCCUGUAUGUCCCCAAUGUAUUUCCACCGGUUUCCUUGUAACUUGCUUUUCGAUACAGUAUUAAUUAUAAUUUCAUUUAGCUAUCCAUUUCUGGUUCCUUGGACAAAUAAAUUUUCUUCAUUCCUUUUUUAAAUUGCAAUUUUCACUUUGCAGAGGAGAAGACUGUGAGAUAUAAAAACUGACCAAUUUUCUGUUGAUGCUCUACAUAUAGGUAUGAAGCCACAUCAAGAUCUUUUUUGGCCUGCUAAAGUACUUGCUUUCUGAUAGUGUGCUGGAAACAUCUGAAAAUGCGUACAAAAUGGAGGAUAAUUCUUUACAUAAGAAUCUUUUUUGAAUAUAAAAAAAUCUUCCUUGUAUAUUCAGAACAAGUAAGAAACUUCAAUAAGUUUCCACAAAACUGUCAUGUUCAGUGUUCUGAUUUGACUGUUAUAUUGGUAGAUUUGAUUUAACCAAGAGGCCAAGAUGCACUGCAGCAUUACUAGAUUCUGAAAGUCUCUGUCUACAGAUUUGUUCAAGAGUGCACAUAAGAAGUCAUUUCCAUAAAGAAUAUCAAAAGAAUAUGACUUAUCCCAGCCUUCACACGACUCAGACUGACACAUAAUGCAAGCUUCUUUUGAGCUUCUUGAUGUAAUUUUGACUCACGUAUGCAUAUUACAGUUUUUAAAAUGAAAGUGACUUCACAGCGUUUCUGCGUAUAAACUCAGUAACGGUAAAAACUCAAAUUCAUAAACAGGGCUGGAAAUGGAGUUAGGAUAGGCAUUAGCAUUUAAAACUACUAUGUCCUUCUCUUUUUCAAAUCAUCUCCAGAUCGUUCCAUAUUUAAAAUUCCUAGUCAUCUUUCUUUAAGUUUGAAGAUCUUGAGCAUGUGCUUCAUUUUUUUAACCCUCCAGUUCACUUCUUGUGUUUCUAUUCUGGUCUCAUACGGUAUUCUAUUUCAACUAUUAUUCCUCAAAGAUGCCCACGUUACAACUUAGCUUCAAAUGCAUGUAUGUGUAACUGAACAGACCCCAGUCAACUUAGUGGUGUUAAUUUAUUGAUGAACAGGAUAAGGUUGCAAAUUAAGCUGAAAGACAUCCCAGAAACAUAAGUUUUAACUCCCUUAAUUGAGUUAUUUAUUUAUUUAUUCGUUUGUUUGUUUAAUUAUUUAAUUCCAUGUAGGUGCUGCCCAACUGCAAGUCAACUCUAGGUGAUUCAGAAUAAUAAAUAAUUAACAGAAUAACAGAGUUGGAAGGGACUUUGGAGGUCUUCCAGUCCAAAUAUGUUUUGUUUAACAUUAGGACAACUUUUGAAAUCAUCAUUCAACACAAGCACUAUCAAGCAGGCUUCAGUUAGAGAGAGAGAAAAAUAUUAAAGCCACCCACAACUACACAAACCCAUUAGUGGCCUUUAAGUUUUUUCUCUAAUGCAUAAUGUUUACAUUUUCCUUUUUCACUUUCUAUAUAUCCACCCUCACUCUCCACCACAUAGGACCUUUUCCAUUCCUUUGCCUUUCUGACAUUUGACUAUAAAAUAUCAUAAUUUAUAUUAUCAUCCAAAACCAUUACCAUAAAAAGUACAACUUUUGCCAAAAUUGUAGCAAGAGACUCCUGAUGUUUCAUUAUUUAAAAAUAAUGUUAGAAUUAUUUUUCCAAUAAUUCGAAAUCUACGUUGUCUGUAUCUGUUCCCCUUUCCAGAAUUUUGCAUACUGAUGUUCUGGAGCGGGGGUCUCCAACCUUGGCAACUUUAAGACUUGUGGACUUCAAGUCCCAGAAUUCCUCAGCCAGCAAAGCUGGGAGUUGAAGUCCACAAAUUGCCAAGGUUGGAGACUCCUAUUCUGGAAUAUUGCUCCCAUCUACAUAUAGUACUUAAUCAUGAGAUACUUUGGUUCCUAUUACAGGUAGUCCUUGACUUACGACAACAAGCAACCCCAACAUUUCUGUGGCUAAAUGAAACAAUUCACCUCUAAGUGAAUUUUGCCCCAUUUUACAACCUUUCUUGCCAUAGUUGUUAAGUGAAUCAAUGCAGCAGUUAAGUAAAUCUGGCUUUCCCAUUGACUUUGCCUGUCAGAAGGUCACAAAGGUGGUUACAGGACGUUAGGACACCGUAACCAUCAUAAAUAUGGACCAGUUGCCAAGCAUCUGAAUUUUGAUCGUGUUACCAUGGGGAUACUGCAACAGUCAUAAGUGCAAAAAACAAUUGUAAUUCACUUUUUUCCAGUGUUGUUGCAACUUUGAACAGUCACUAAAUGAACUGUUGUAAGUCAAGGGCUACCAGGGGUGGGUUCUACUUAACUUUACUACCAGUUUGCAAUGGGGCCCCGCGCGCAUGCGCAGACGCUUCCUGAUGACAUCUGGGUCAGUGGCAGAGCCUCCCGCCGGUUUUACUACCAGUUCUUGCUAACUGGUCCGAACUGGGGACAACCCACCACUGAGGGCUACCUGUAUUAGUGCUCAGACUGGUAAAUCUAAUUCUGCAAAGCUGCGAAAGGAAACAUCUAUGCAGGAAUAUGUAUGAGAGAGAGCAGUCAAAAGAGUGAAGAUGAUAGUCCUGAUCCUGUGAAUGGACCUCUAGCCCCAUAGGACAUACAUUAAAAGGAGCAAAGACUUCGUCGCAUUGUCAUAAUUGCCAUCUGGACUUCUUUUUUAUGACUUUCAGUGAAUAUCCCUGUAUCUACAGUAACAAAUAAAUGCCCGGAUUGGAUAUUAUUUUACAUAUAUCAAACACAGUUCCAUAGUCGCAAAGAAAUCUGUUUAAACCAACCAGGGAAGCGUAUAGUAUCCUAUGGUAUUAUUCAGACUUUGUGCAAGUAGAUUUAUUGACACUUGCAAUCAUGUAGAUAAAAGGAACAGAUUAAAAAAGACAAUCUGUCCAUUAUUCCUCAUGAAGAAAGCUUUCAUUAUCAGGGUUUUUACUGAGUCAAUGUUUAUUGGGCCAAUUUGUUGGCAAAUGACAGAUUUAUGAGUGAAAUAUUUGCCAACUGUGUUAAGCUUCAUUAAGGAAACAUUGGUGUGUAUACAUUCAGACCUAGGAAAGAAAGCUAAACUAGCUUUAAUAAAUGAACAUCUUAAGGUUAGUCAAUGACUAUGAAUAUAACUAUCACUUUGAGAUUAGAAAGAAGGAUUGACCUUAGAGACUUCUUAAAAGAUGUAAUUAUCUUUCUUCUGCCAGAUGUGAAUACAGUAUUUACUAAUUGUAUAGAAGCCAGUUUUUUUGUGAUUGAACAAAACAUAUACUGGCCAAUUAUGGCAUGUCAGUUAGUAGCGUAAGAGGAGACAGUGUAAG